UCCGUCCACUCUGCCGCGGCUCUCCAGCUCCCCUCCGCCUCCUCCCACCGUGGACGUCCUCAGGUUGAGUUGGAGAGGGGAGCACCCCGGGGAGGUGUCCUGGGAAAGCUCGGAAAGGGGAACCGUGGAGAGACACCCACCACCUCCUCCUGCGUCCCCGGGGCUGCUGAAUCACCGGCGAGGUGUCUGCAAGCGCUUGAAUGAGCCUGACACCAGCCUCUGCCCCCGGGUGCCUGACGUGAACGACAAGGAGCCCGUUGGGCCUCCCUGGCAUGCCCCACCAGCCCUCAGCCUGAGUCGGCGGCCCCUGCCCCUGCCCGCCGCCACCCUGCACUGUCCCGGCAACCCCGAGGUCCCCACGCUGCAGUGCGGCCAAGACCCUUCCCCGCAGGGGCCACCCCCACCGCCCACCCCUGGUGCCCGGGGUGGCCCGGCCCGCAGGGCCAUGAAGCUGCAGGCCGUGAUGGAGACGCUCAUUCAGAGGCAACAGCGUGCCCGGCAGGAACUGGAGGCCCGGCAGCCGCCAGCACCUGAGCCCACCGGUGUCCGUGCUCGGACGGCCAUAACCGAGGAGGACAGGGAGCCUGAGAAUGCCCGGAUGCAUAGGACGCAGAUGGCCGCGCUGGCCGCCAUGCGGGCCGCGGCCGCCGGCCUGGGACACCCGUCCUCGCCCGGUGGCUCAGAGGACGGACCUCCGGGCUCUGAAGACGAAGACACAGCCCGGGAAGGGACCCUGAGCUCACCCACCCUGCAGGGAAGAGGCCAGCAGGGACCAGGACACACUGAAGGAGAUGGACAUCUGUUGGACAUGGGCUCCGAGGACGACAUGAAGCCCAAGUGGGAAGAGCAAGAACUGGAAGAGCUGGGGGAGGAGGAGGAGGAGGAGGAGGAAGAGGAGGACGACUUCGAGGAAGAGGAGGAGGAGGAAGAGGGCCUGGGCCCCCCGGGCUCUGCCAGCCUGGGCUCUGCAGGCCUGUUUGCCCGCAAGGCCCAACCCGCUCAGGCUUUCCGUGGAGAUGGUGGUCCCAGAAUGCUGGGCGGUCCUGAGCGCCUGGGACCUGGCCCGGCCCACCCCACUCACGCCGCGUCCCAGAUGCCACCGCCAGACCACGGGGACUGGACGUUCGAAGAGCAGUUCAAACAGCUCUAUGAACUGGACGCGGACCCCAAGAGGAAGGAGUUCCUAGACGACCUGUUCAGCUUCAUGCAGAAGCGGGGCACGCCCGUGAACCGGAUCCCCAUCAUGGCCAAGCAGGUCCUGGACCUGUUCAUGCUGUACGUGCUGGUGACCGAGAAGGGUGGCCUCGUGGAGGUCAUCAACAAGAAGCUGUGGCGGGAGAUCACCAAGGGGCUCAACCUGCCCACCUCCAUCACCAGCGCCGCCUUCACGCUGCGGACACAGUACAUGAAGUAUCUUUACCCCUACGAGUGUGAGCGGCGAGGCCUGAGCAGCCCCAACGAGCUCCAGGCCGCCAUCGACAGCAACCGCAGGGAAGGCCGGCGCCAGAGCUUCGGGGGCUCGCUUUUCGCCUACUCACCCAGUGGAGCCCACAACAUGCUGUCCUCACCCAAGCUACCAGUGACUUCCCUGGGCCUUGCUGCCAGCACCAAUGGCAGCUCCAUCACCCCGGCACCCAAGAUCAAGAAAGAGGAAGACUCCGCCAUCCCCAUCACGGUCCCAGGCCGCCUGCCCGUGUCUCUGGCUGGCCAUUCCGUCGUGGCAGCCCAGGCGGCUGCUGUGCAAGCGGCCGCAGCCCAGGCGGCUGUGGCGGCCCAGGCGGCUGCCCUGGAGCAGCUCCGGGAGAAGCUGGAAUCCACUGAGCCUCCAGAGAAGAAGAUGGCCCUGGUUGCCGACGAGCAGCAGCGCCUCAUGCAGCGAGCUCUGCAGCAGAACUUCCUGGCCAUGACAGCCCAGCUGCCCAUGAACAUCCGGAUCAAUAGCCAAGCCUCCGAGAGCCGCCAGGACAGUGCCAACGGCAGCAACAGUAUUAGCAUGUCGGUGGAGAUGAACGGCAUCGUGUACACAGGAGUGCUGUUUGCUCAGCCACCGCCCCCCACGCCACCCUCCGCCCCCAGCAAAGGUGGCAUCAGUGGCCUCGGUACCAACAACACCGUGGGUAGCCGGACAGGAGCCAGCGGCGGGGCCGGCGGCGGCCAGGUGGGGCUGGCCGGGGUGUCCGCGCCCCCUACAUCUUCUACCUCAAAUAACUCCUUGCCUUAAAGCAAAUCAAGUCGUAUAGCUGCCCACUCACCACAGGGACACAGCCACACGAGGACCUGGGACGUCGGAAGAAUCCCAGUGGGCCGGGCAGAAUUCCAGGGAGCCACACUGACGCCAAGGAGAGAAAAUUUUAUAUAUAUACAUAUAUAUAGAGAUAGAUAGAUAGAGAAACAGAUUUAAUAAAUCAGGGCAAAGAACACUUGAAUCUCUCAGGUUUUGGAGACUCCGAGAAAUGGAUUUGACAAGGGCCACCAAGGCAACCUCCAAGCAGAAGGAGGCCACCUUUCCAGAGGCUUCCAUGGGGGUCCAGCUUGAGCAGCUCAGUUCAAGCACGUCUGUUUACCUCAUGAAUCCCAGCACUGUGUGUUCUCCUUUUUUUUUUUUUUUUUCCUUUGGUUCUUGGUCCUUAACCACGGUGGUUCCUUCUGGGAAAACCAACCACGCCGGAGCCAGGAUCAUUGUUUUGUAUUCAUUCUUGGAAGUUAUGAAUUUUUUUUUCUUUUUAAACAAGAUCUCAACAUUCAGAUGCAAUUUUUUAAAGUUUUUGGGGUUUCCGAUUCUGUAAAUAUUCUGUUCUAUCCUUAAGGGCGGUGAUAGGAUCUUAGAAAGAGUCCUGUCUGUAUAUUAUAUAUUUGUGUUCAUUCAGGGAAACAGGUUUGUUUUGUUUUUGUUUUUGUUUUUAAAGAAGCAAAAGUACCAGCCCCAGUCCCCAGUCCCUGUCCUGUGGUGACCCUGACCUGGCACCACGACAGGAUCCGAUGGUGCUGGCUGUCAGCAAAUUCCACAGUUCUGUCACGCUGGGCUCUGCCCACGGGCUCCAUCGUUCAGCGACCUGGAUUGCUUACCCAGGACACGGAAUGUUCUAGAAACGGGUAGGGGAGCAGCACAUGGAAUACAGUGGCCCCGUGUGUCUCAGGGAUGAAGGUCUGGACUCUCUGCCUGGAUGGGUUGCUUCUAGGGGACACUGGGUGCACCAGGUCUACCUCGGGGCAAGGAUUCGAACCGAGACGUGCCUGGUGCCUGUGUCACGCUCUUGCUGGGGCAGCAGUUGCAUAGGACCAGGAAGGAUCCUGGUCCCUGGUCUGUGUCUCCAUAGCACGGUCCAGCCAAACUGGGCAUGGUGGCAUGCGUCUGUCAUCUUGGCUCUUGGGAGGAUGAGGCAGGAGGAUGUAUCCUUGGCUACAUAUGGAGGUUGAGGCCAGCCUAGGCUGCUUGAAACCCUGUCUCAACAAAGCAAAGUUAAGAUGAGGCUGGGGGCCGUAGCACACACCUUUAAUCCCAGCACUCUUGAGUAGGCCAGCCUGGGCGAUACAGUCAAUUCCAAGCUGCAUGAGACCCUGCCUCAAAACAAAGAAAGAAAAAGGAAAAUUGCAUUUCAUUUUGGCUGGAGCCGCCAGGGCAUAAAUGACGUAAUCUCCCCUGGAUUAGGGGAUCGGUCCUGGACUUGGGGACUUGGUCACUGGUGGUGAGAGCUGGGACCUGCUUGUCCUUCGGUCCCAGGAGUCCUGAGACCCCUCUCACCCCACUUCCCGGUCUGGGCUGUGGGGAGCAGACCCUGUUCCUUCCUCUCAGGGACACCCCCCUCCCAUCCUUCCAGGAGGGAAGGCUCACUGGGGGGAGGUGGAAUCUCAACUUUUCCUUCUGGAAGCUUCUGCCUGCCCCGUUUUGGGGUCACCGUCUUAGCCGCACAAUCAUUCCUGGUCACGGGUGUGGAGGGUCUUCAUCCCCUCUGGUAACCCGUGUAGAGUCAACCUCCGUGGGUACCUGGCUUGGGGAGACGGGGGUUGCCUUGGUGGGCACAUCCAAGGCACGUUUCUUUCUACCUCAGGUCUUUUGAUGCCAAAAAAGAAAAAAAAAAAAAAAGCACCCGGGUCACCCAUUUUUCUGGUCACCUGCUCGAUCCACGGUGGGGGCGGGGUGUCCUGAUGUCCACUUGUGUCUGGGGCUCUGUGAGUGGCCAGAAAGCACCUGAUCCUAACUCAGGGGACCUUGCCCACCAGGGCUCUGUGAUUGUAGGGAGGGGGGCUGUCCUCUGCUGGACGUACUCAGUAACCCUCCACGGGCCUGUCUGUGCCUCAGUUGCCCCACCCGGCCCUUGGCAUUGGGUGCAGUUGGCGUUUGUUAUGCAAGCUAGAGCAAGGAGGAGCUGGACAUGGUCACUGUCCACCCAGCACCUCAGGGCUUGGGGUGGGGGCAGGUUAGACCCCCAAACUCAGGGCAAAGAGGGUGUAAGGGCAGGCACAGGCUGCUUCUAGAACCUUCCCAGGGACAGGCUGUCUCUAUAACCUUCCUGGUGGUCCUUCUGCUGGCCACCAGACCGUCUGUCUGUCUGUCUGUCUGUCCAGCUGCAGUGGGUGGGUGGGCAUGGGUCUUGGGACAGCUAAGUUAGUGUUUUCUGAGAGUUAUACAUCUGUAUAGUCUUAUAGGAUUUUUUUUCCCUUUUUUUUUUUAUCGUUUUUACACACUUUUCCCCCCACCCCCACUUAAUUUUGGCUUUUGUGGAUUUUAUUUCUCCUUCUGGGUAAAGGUGAGCUGAGCUGUUUUGUUCAGAACAUGUGAACUUUUUAGUUUCUUGGGGUGGGAGGGGCUUUUCUGACAGCGUGUGGGUCGCACACCAACUCAGGUAAAAUGAAAAAAAUAAGUGGAUUAAAAAAAAACAAUAAAAAAGUAAAAACUGCUUUCUACCUCUGGUCAGGCCUCAUGGUCAGUUCCUGCCGGGCUGUGGCCUGCAACGGCCACAGCUGUGCGGAAUAUUCAGGAAAGUUCAGCUACUAACAGGAAAACUCAAACACAACAACGACAAAAAAAGAAGUGUGAUUUUUGAAAUUAAAAAAAAAAUACACUGAAAGUUUACAUUUUAUGACCUUAUUGUGGAUUGUAUUUAAGCCUCAGACAUAUUUAAUGCGAUUGUAACCCUGUAAAUCGGUGAGAUUAAAAAGUUGAGACACUUCUGUGGAA